AUGACAGCAUAUGGACCAACAACUAUCCAAGAGAUAUAUGUCAUUGAUGAAAGCUUGAACCCUAUAUGUUUGACUAUGUGGGGUAAAUUUGUCCAAGACGAAUGCCAGAAAAUAUCAGAAAUUAUUGAAGAUAAACCAAUAAUACUUGGAACAAAAAUAUCUGUUCGAUCAAGAAACGGAUUGUCUCUGUCAUCACGUCCGUCAAGUACCUUUACAAUCAAUCCCAUUCUUCCUGAGGCAGCUACAAUGAAGAAAUGGGCGGAUGAUAAUGAUUUGAUCAUCAAAAGUAUCAUUGCAAGAAACCUAACAUACCCAUCUGCCCCUCUGUCAUCUGUUGGUAUCCGAGAAAUUGUGAAGAACUGCGAUAUUGCAGAGUUGAUUAAGGGUCUGCAACCCAUGGAGAAACUCAAAAUCUGGAUAGAGGCCAAGAUAAAAGUGAUUGACUUGGACCAAAUCUUUUAUUACAUGUCAUGUGUUGGCUGUAAUAAAGGAACUGGAUAUAAAUAUAAUGAAAGCUUCGUUUGUAUGUAUUGCAAAAAUCAAGGAGUCUGCAAACCACGUGCUAGGGCAUAUGUUGAACUGGACGAUAAUACUGGAAAGAUAGCUGCUAUUAUGUUUGGUGAAGUAGCAGAAGAGGCAUUUGGUUGUUCAGCAAUUGAAUUGAUGGAGAAUUCUGGAGAGGAACAUCAACCAUAUAUAAAAAGCGUUGCAGACAAAUUAUCAACAAAAAUAUGGAAGAUUCAAGUUUAUGCAGAUCCAGAGAAACUGAAUGAGAAAAGACAUAAGCAUUUUAAUGUUCUCUCUAUCGAGGCAAUGGAAGAUGAGAGAAAUGAUGGAUCAUCAUCUUAG